GCGGGAUGUACUCUGCUACCUAGCUAGAUUAGUUUGUUUGUUUUUAAAUUAUUCUGCCGAUAGAAAGUUUCCUCUGUGUAUACCUCAACAGCUGGAUAAGCAGACACCAUGGAGGAACCAUGGAACUUUGAGUUUUUGUCCCGUAUCGCCGACAGCUGCCUGUCGUUUCUCUCCGAGUUUGUGACCGACUGGCUCGCCAACGACAUGAGAGUCUCCAUAUUCAAAAUCUUGCUAAGCUGGUUAAUUUUUAGUCUAAUCGCGAUUCAUUUUGCAUGGAAAGUCUACGGGAAUACAGUGAACGAUAUGUAUUAUCGACAAGGGGCUGGACAGAACGGGGGCACACCUGAUACUGCACCUCAUCUCAGUGGAUGGGAAAGCGCAGCAGGAGAUACACUGAAGACUCAUCGAGACUGACAGGACAAUGGUCUUGGGAUUUCAUCCAUGCGAGAGCUGGACAGUUAACAUCUCCCAGAGACACUAAAAGCACCUUCAGGUUGUCUUAUUAAAAAAAAAAAAAAAGCAUUGUCAUCAAUGCAUUCAGGAUGGACAAACCCACUGACAGCUAUUCUUAGAAAUACCAGUCACAUUUCAUGUAUGCUGUAAGUGUCAUACAGAUAUCCACAUAAUUUACUUCAUAGUAUCUGUGAGAUAUUUAUUAUGGCCUGGCAACAUUGGUCAAUGAGCAGAAGUCCAUUCUGUAAUACCUGAACUGAUCUGUUGGAUGUUACAAAUAUGGAACAUAUUAUUGGGUUUGCUGGGUCUGUUUUGAUAGCAGACAUAAAACUUUCCAUGCUGAGACCAGGAGCAAGAAAAAAAUAUGAACUUGAUUUGAGCGUGUUGACAGAUUAGGUUGAAUAGGUUGAAUUCCAGCAGCAGGAAUGAGUGAGUGGUGACAGUGAAGAGUUAUGCAAGGCAAGUGCUGUGCAUGUGCCUAGUUAUGAUUGGAAGAUUUAUUCGUGGUGAAAAAGGUCAUUUUUAUCAGUGCUAUUCCAUAAAUGAUGCGUUUGGUUUGUCGAAAGACAGAUUCAUAAAAAACAGUAUACAUUUAAGAUUUUUCCAUGAGGUUUUAUGUUGAAGGAGCAUUGAGUGCACCUAAAGGAAGAUACAGAGUGCCUGACAAAAGAACAACCCACAUUUGAAGUGAAUUCAGUAGGUCUACCACUGAGUCACAGCAGUCUCCUGUAUUAAUGUGAAAACAAAUCUUUACAGUCAAACAGAAUUAAUUACAAAUAUAAACAAAAAGUCAAUAAGCACACAAGCAUUUUCACCACGUUCACUAUAACAUGCCAAAUGUUGAAUGCAAAUCUCUUUGUUUGUGAUUGAGGUUGUGAAGAGUGACCUCUACAGAAGUAUACCUGUAGCUGAAAUUCAACAACUGGUUAAUCAAUUUCUGGGCAGAAAUUACAUCAUGAAGACAAAGGAACAGUUUUAAGAAAUUUGUAACAAAAUACAAUUAAGGAAAGGAUACAAGACAAUUUCCAAGUUAAUGAAUUGUAAUUAAGGUGGCACGGUGGUGCAGUGUUCAGCAUUAUAGCUGUCAGUGUGGUUGAGAAUGGAGACACUGUAGACAUCACCUUUUCAGUUCAGACAGUUCACCAGUUGUAGAGUUAUAGCUACUGGAAAAAAAUAAAAACUACUAACUUGAAAAACAACUACUAUAACAGUAAAACAACACUGUUGUAAAAGUAAUGACAAAUCUGUACAGAAUACAACAUACUGCAGUGUGCAUUUAGGAAAAUGUUUAUUGAUGUGUACAUAAUCCUUGUCAAAUGACUGAGACAGAAUGAUCUACAUAUUUCAGGUACCUGAAAGUCUAGCAGCAAAGCUAGUAGUUUAUACCUCUGUGCAAAUAGCUUGAUUGAUAUUAAAUUUGUUUGUUGUACUGAAAA